CCAAAGUUGAGAGGCCAGCCCGCUCAUUACUUGGAACAUGAUGAAUUGACAGCUGGUAACAAUUAUAGUUAAAAUUAUCAGAAAAACUUAAGUAGGAUAGAAAAACAAAAAAGAAAGAAAGGACGAAAGAAAGACUAAGAAAAAAGAAAAACACUCACAGUAAUGCUUCCACCCCCUUUGAACAAGUUUUAUUAUUUGCCACAAUUUUUUUUUUAGUUGGAAAAGAUCUGAUGAGGCAAAAAGGCGUCAGAGACUAGCUCGAAAUAAAUGAAAAAGGCUUGAAAUAAGACUAAUAAAGAAAAACGCCCAUGAAGAGGCUAGUUCAAGAAAAAAAAGAAAAGACAGACAACCGAAGAAAAAUAAACUGUCUUCUGCCAAAAAAAAUCAAGAGACGUUUCACCAACUGCGGCGUCAAACCGAACGUGAAAAAGAAAGAUUACUUCAUUUGCUGAUGAAAUAUAAAACAAAGUCAAUCAAUUCUUCAGGUAGUGCUGUGGCAGUAACAAACUCAUUCUUAGAGAUUCCACGGGAACUGAUACAUGUAAAUAUAGACAGUGAUUCCAAAAAGUUAAUAACCCUUGCGGAAGGAAAGUUUGGAAAAGUUACACUGGUUUUGCCUUUUAUCGAGAAAUGCAGUGAAACAAUUCAAUGAAGGAGUCUCGCAAGUAGAAGUUGAGCAUGAGGCAAACAUUAUUUCCUCAUUUAAUGAGGCAAAACCUUUCACGCUUGUACUACAAUUCUAAUUCGUUUUUCGGCAGGAACGAUUCAACCGAUUUCUAUGAUUUUUUUGACAGCUUUUGUAAAAAUUCGGUUUUAAACAUAAGCCGAUGUCUCAAACAUGCAGUUUUAAACCUACUCAAAAAUAAACAACAUUUUCUCAAAUUUGCACUAUUCUUUGUUAAGGAUGCCAAAAAUCAUAGAAAUCGGUUAAUUCGUUCCUACCAAAAAACGCGAUUCAAAAACAUACCCAACGUGCAUAUCAAUAUGUUCGGGCCACCUGAAGAAUUGGAUGAACAUACAAAACUUUCCAUUUCAAUAUUUAUUGCCUUUUAUCAUACUGCAGUUGAAAGCGUUGUUUUGGCUUGUUUUUCCUCUUUAUAGAAUGGUGAUGAUGCAAAGAAAGUUGCCCAGAACAGCAAGGAGGGAAUGACGCCCUUCAUCAUCUUUGAGGGGCAACCGCAAGCCCCAGAUGAUAUAUACCUGAGUGGGGAAAGUAAUCUCCUUCUAAAGGUUAAUGGAGGACAUACCAGUGCC